AAGUUACGUAUGAAUUAUUUGGUUCAGAUAUUCUUUGAUAGUGUACAUGCAUGCUUGCUUAAGUUUGAACCCCUAAUAAACUUUGUUUAUGACUCGGUCACUACAUUCAUUCAAUAUGAGAAAAUCGUCAAAAUGGGAGUAAAACAGGAGGUAAUUGCAAAACUAGGACUCAUUGUUUUAAAUUCUCUAAAUAGGAGUAAAUAUUUGCAUUUGGACGGAAAUAGCCUCCGGUGUCGUAACAUUGCGCAGUCGUUGCCAUCUUCUGCAAUUCAUCGCAAACAUCUCUUUUUCCCAUGGAUCUGAGCUCGUCAUCGACUCUGGCCUCCCAUCGCAUAGGCAACCAGGUAAGUCCUCUGCUUCUUCCUCUUCCUCUUCUUCUUCUUCUUCAAAUUUCUGGUCUUCUUCUUCUUCUUCUUCUUCUUCUUCUUCUUCAUCUUCUAAUCCUCUUCAAUUUUCUGGUCCCCUAUUCUCUUCUUCUUUUUCUUCUUUGGAUUUGAAUUUUAUUUGCUAAUUUGGAUUUUUUGGAUUUGAAUUUUACUUCAUAAGCAAAAUGUCACUUUUAUAAUCUGAGAAUGUCAAAAGUAUUAGUAGUAUUUGAAAAAACUGUCAUGUUUGUAGCAGUACAUUUAUCAGGAUGACAAUCUGAAAAUGACAUAUGUUCAUAAGAUAAUGUCAUUAUCGUCAUUUAUUCAUAUCAAGUGGCAUUCUCAUUGGAGGCUGCACAGACUUGAAUGACAUAAAAGUGUCAUUUUUUAAAAAAUAACCAGUAAAUAUGACAUUCUUGAUUAAAAAGUGACACAUUCUUCAAAAUCAUUACUCAAGACAUUUUGAGAUUGAAAUAUAUCAAAAUUGAUAAGAAGAAAUUCUAGUCAAGUAUAUCUUCAUUGGAAACUUUCACAUUCAUGCAAUACUUUUUCAAAUUUGAUUGAUAAAAUUUUGUUUAAAAAGAAAGCAGAGAAUCAGGAACAAGGCUACACGAAGAAGAUGAAGAUCAGAAGAAUUAGAAGAAGAAAAAGAAGAAGAGGAGGAAGAAAAGAAAGAAGAGUACCUGGGAGAGCAGAGAGCAGAUGACGCCGAUAAAGCCGUUGAUAAUGGAGAUCGAAGGUGCGAUCGGCCAAAGGGAAAGUGGCAUGGGAGAAGUCUGGCGGUUCAUGGAGAGUCGAUCGAUUAUUUUUAGAAGAAGGGUAAUAAGAUAAUCUGGAGUCCUAUUUGUGAAAUAUAAAACUUGUAUUCCUAUUUUGGAAUUUUAAUCAUGUUUUAGUCCUAUUUAGGAUAAAAACUUAUUCAAUAUCAUAAACAUGCUGAAGCAGAGCGUGUUACCAUUCUUUUGUGUAACAUAUUUUUAAUGUGCAGUCUUCUUUUGGUAUGCAAUACGGCAAUGUGAUGGGUGAAGUUGCGGUGUUAAUUUUUAGAAAGGUG